AUGGCUACUUCUGUCGUUAAAGCGUUUUGCUGGAGUUUCUUGUUUUUCAGGGCGUCUAUGGCGAGCCGCAAUACAUUGGUACAGGAUAACGGUCGAACGAAGAAAGGAAACCCACAGGAAAACAAGUGCAGUACAGUGAUAAAUGGAAACUAUUACGCGGGAACUAACGAGGAGAUGAAGACCAUUCUUCAAGGAAUUCAAGCACAGCUUAUUGAAAUACAAGAGAUUCUGCGUGAUUUAAAGACAGAGCAAGAAAACAAAACUGUCAAGAACCGAAACUGCGCUGACCUUUUUAAGUCCGGCGAGAGGAUCAGUGGAGUGUACACUAUAAGCCCGGAUAGCAGCCGCGGUCCUUUCGACGUCUAUUGUGACCAUAAAACAGCCGGUGGAGGAUGGACGGUGAUUCAGAAAAGAUUGGAUGGCUCAGUAGAUUUUUAUCGCGGCUGGGCCGACUACAAGCGCGGUUUUGGUAACUUGAAUGGCGAGUUCUGGCUCGGUUUGGACAAGAUGCAUCAGUUGACUAAGGCAGGUAGGAACAGAGUUCGAAUAGAGCUGGAAGACAUUAAGGGAAAAACGGCCUACGCCGACUACGACAUGUUUGCAGUGGCAAGUGAGAGAGCUAAGUAUCAACUGAGCCUUGGAACUUACUCUGGUACAGCCGGUGAUUCUUUCUCCUUCCAGCGUGGUGCUCCUUUCUCAACUAAAGAUCAGGACAAUGAUCCUGAUAAACGUCACUGUGCCGUAACGUUUAAGGGAGGCUGGUGGUACAGCUUGUGUCGCCAAGCAAACUUGAAUGGUUUGUACCAGCCAGGGCCGUAUUCAAAUCACUGGAAAGGAGAAUAUUAUUCGGCCAGGAGAUCGGAGAUGAAAAUAAGGCCUGUAUAUUUUUGA